CAAUGGUUAGCCGUUUUGGAUGGACAGAAAGGUACAUUGUACCCUAGUGUCAAGGUGUAAUUAUGUUACAGCGGGGGAGAUAAACAGUUUCCAAAGUGGAGACAGACAGACCGACAGACAGAAAGACAGACCGGCAUACAGGCAGACUGUCUGACUGACUUGCAGACAAACAGAUAAACAGACAGGCAGAGAAGAGUUUGGCCGAUGAAUGGAUGGGCGGAGAAAGAAAGUAUACAGAGACAGCUUAUAAGCGAUCAAUAUUAUUGUCCUCUUUCCGUUCUGCAGCUGCUAGUGUCGUCCUCUACAGUAGAAGACUGGGCUGUCUGUCUCGUGAUCCCCCGCCAGGCAUCGAGGAGUUUAUAGAAUCUGUGGGCCAAGUGAAUACACUAAUAAGUGCCGCUCGAACAUAUCCUUUGUUCAUUCUGAAGACACUGAAGAGGAACCUAUGGACCCAGUUUAAUGAAGCGUGUGAUAAGUCCUUUGCUUUUGUCCAGAGAGAGAUCAACAAAAGUCUCGAAGACCCCGAGGCGCAAUCCCUGAUUUCCCACAUCAUGGCAGGUGAAAAUCUGACGUCUGCAGAGAUGUACUCAAACGUUUCCGAGAUAACACUAGCGUCUGGAGACACAACCUCCAACUGGGCUCAUUUCAUACUGUGGGAGCUCUGUCAUCGUCCGUCACUACAGGAAAAGGUGUACGAGGAGAUCAUGUCUGUUGUGGGAAAGGACGAAGAAAUCUCUUACUCCACUCUAGAUCAGCUGAAGUACACCACAGGGUUCUUGAAAGAGAUCCUCAGGUUACAUCCACCAAUUUAUAUCGGUGGCCGCACGCUGAAACAUGGAGGUGUCAUCUCUGGCUAUCAGAUUCCUCCCCAGACGACUGUUGCAGUAGCUAUGUACGCUCUCGGGAGAGACCCAAAUGUCUACAAAGACCCCGAGGAGAUCAAACCUGAACGAUGGAUACCGUCAUCAGAGGAGAGAGAUGUUGUGAACCCAUUCGCCUUCGUCCCCUUUGGUUGGGGUCAGAGAAGUUGCAUAGGUAGAAGAAUUGCAAUGGCAAAUGUCCAGCUCCUGUUGGUCGAGCUCCUUCGUCGGUUCCAGUUGACCAGCGAGACGAAAGAACUGCAUUUGGAAUCACGUCUCUCGUUAAGCCCACGUCAUCCCAUCCACCUGAAACUGACUCCAAGGAAAUAAACUCCCUCAACCUCAUAA